UGCAGUGUCUUCCGACGUGACGAAAAAAUCUGAAUGUGCAUCGAACAGAACUUGCGUAACUGGGACUAGCCUAGGCCUUGCUUUCACCACCCAAGAUAGAUCCAACCGAGUCGACGUUUGAUCGUGAACCGCGUAACAUCGCGCCCGUCCAUUUCCUGGGUCAUCGUUUGGCUCGUGAUCCGCGAUGAUAACGUCGCGAUCGAUAUAGAUCAACGACCCUGCCGCCGAGACCCGGGCCACUCUGGGCUACAAUGCCACGGUGCGACCUUCUCGUGGUCAUCCUCGCGGUGCUCGUAUCCUCGGGGACGUCCACGUCCCAGACACGGGAUGACGAUCAUCACGAGUGCCUGCGUCCGUGUGCCAACGAGGCGUCGUCGAAGAAGCUCUGCCGUUACGAGUUCUUCGUCAGCGAGUUGCCUGCCGUUAUGAGUAAUAGCAACCGAUCCGAAAGCGAGUCGAUGAUCCCGAAGAACAGCUUUUUGCGAAUCAACGGGAAGAGUCCAGGUCCUCGGAUAGAGGUCUGUGCUGGCGAUACGAUCGAGGUACUACUGUACAAUCGAUUGGGAUCACAGGAAUUGUCUUUCCACUGGCAUGGACUGAGACAAAAGGGUUCGUCUCAUAUGGACGGCGUCUCGAUGGUCACGCAAUGCUCGAUAUUACCGUUUGGUGGUUUUCGGUACAAAUUGAAGUCGGAAAGCGCUGGCACGUUUCUUUACUACGCGCAUCUAGUUUCGCAGCAGGGCGACGGCGUGUACGGGUCGUUGACAGUUCGAGGACCACAGGAUGACCCCAGCUUGGAAAGGAUACUUCUGCUGUCAUCAAGGCCGCCGACUCCGCUGUCGCGGUAUUUGCACCUACACCCGCCCACGCCCAGCGAGCUGCUCUUGAACGGCCAGAGCAACGGGGUCGUUAUAAAAGUUGAUCAUGGUGGACGAUACUUAUUACGAGUCAUCAACGCCAAUGCGUACAAUUGUCCCGUUCGGUUAUCCAUUUCCGGGCACAAUUUCCGCGUGGUGGCAGCUGAUGGCAACAGGGUCCAACCGGUGACAGGAAAACACAUCGUUCUCUUUCCAGGUGACGCCUGGAACGAGCCAGAGAUGAACGACACCCGCCUCGCCAUGGAAUGGACCCGCGACAAGACCCUCGAGCUGCUGCGGGAGUACCAGCAACGGCGUGUUCUGUGGGACUGGAACGCCCGCGGGUACCGGGACCGCGCGAAACGCAAGCACGCCAUACAGGAGCUCGCCGAGAUCCUCUGCUGCAACACCCUCGAGAUCGAGAAGAAGAUCACGAACCUGAAGUGCCAGUACUCGAGGGAGGUGCACAAGAUACAGAACAGCCGGGAGGCCGCCGCCGGGCCCGACGAUGUUUACGUGUCCAAGUGGUUCGCCUUUAAGGCGAUGCAGUUCCUGCAAUUCGGCACACGCAGAUACAGCAAACGGAAGAAGAAGGUGGAGGAGGACUCGUCGAAGUUGCAGGAGGAGUACAUCGUGAGCGACAUCGACCCCGAGAGCAUAACGUUCGUGGACUGCAACGAGGAGACGAACGGCUCCGGGACCGGGUCGUUCAACGCGUCGUUGAGCGAGGACGCGGAGGAAUGGUCCUCGUCGAGCCUGAAGGCGAUGAAGCUGUACAACGGCUCUCUGCCUGACCAGAGCAGCCCGAUCGGCGACGGUGACGGCGACCUGGAGGAAUCCGGCCAGACGAAUCUCGGGACAGAGCCGGCGACGGAACGGAAACGGACGAAAGAGGACUUCGCGAAGUUCGCCGAGAGCAUCGCCGUGCAGCUCGCCGAAAUCCCGGACUCGUACUCGAGGUCCGUCGCGAAGCUCAGGAUCAAUCAGAUCCUGUUCGAGGCGGAGAUCGGCGUCUACGCGCAAACGCAUCGCGAGCGAUUUGACGCACUCGUCGCGGCGGAUCAAUCACCAGGAAAGUACCUCGUCGACAUGAAGGGUCUUCAGGAUUGUCAGAACCUUCGACAGGAGGCUUAUGUUCUUUAUAAUAACGCGAGGCCGGAUUCCGUGGCAACGAGCGACCAAGAACCAUUUGGAACCGAUGACGAGGACACGGCAAAAAACGGCUACAAUUGUGCCGAAGGCGGUGGGACCAUUUGCGCAUUGGACUUGAAGGGGCCGACGAGGAUGUUGACUGACAACGAGGUCUAUCAGGUCGUUUACGUUCCCUUCGACGUCAACAGCUACCCCUCGAUCACGGAUGAGAUGACUGACAACAGAUACAACGUUUACGGAUGCCCGUACUACCCCACCUACUUGAGUACGAAACAGGACGGAGCGAAGAUCGCGCAGAUCAAUGACAUGACAUUCAAAUAUCCGACAUCUCCGCUGUUAUCGCAGCCGGAGAACACACCGGAAGAGGCAAUUUGCACCGUCGAAACGCGCUCGAAACAAUGCACAGUCGAUACACCGUUGUUCUGCGAGUGCGUUCAGACGAUCGAGAUUGCUCCCAAAAAGACUAUCGAAAUUAUAUUUAUAGAUCAAGGUUUCGGCGGAAACACGUCGCACACGUUCCAUAUGCACGGUUACCACGCAAGUAUUGUAGGAAGGGGCAAUUUCCAACAGCCGGUUACCAAAGAUGAGAUUAUGCGUUUAGAUUAUGAGGGGAGGAUCGAACGGAAUUUAGUAGAUCCACCAAAAAAGGACGCUUUCGUUGUGCCUAACAAGGGUUUCGCUAUACUUCGCUUUUUUAGCGAUAAUUUAGGGUACUGGUUGGUCGAAGCACGAAGUACAGCGAUCUCCCCUGGAACAUUCGGGCCUGGUAUGCAAUUCUUAUUGAAGGUGGGAAAUUCCGAGAGUUUCAUACCCGUUCCUCUAGAUUUCCCCACCUGCGGGAACAACAAGCAACCAGACAUGGUGUUCGAAAAUAACUGAACCAUAAGUUAUUACAUAGCAAUAGAACCUCGUGCUGUCGUAAGUUAUUUAUAACAUGAAUAUCCGAUAUUUUUAUACUUUCCCCUUCGAACUUCGUCCCCGACAAUGUUUAAUCAUCGUCCAUAAAAGGAACUGUCUAAAUUAAAUAAACCGUACACACCGAAUGCA